GGAUUUGGACGCCUUUGCCAACAGUUAUCUGCAAUUUUCCACCGAUUUUUGGUCAGCUCCACUCCUUGAUUAUCUGCAAUAUGUCUGAAUCAAACUAUAAAGUUGGUAAGUAAUGAUUCUGUGAGUUCUGAAAUGUCUAUUUUGGCGGGAUGUAGGGGUUCCUUUGUAGUGCUAUUUAUUUAGUCGGAAUAGCUGAUGUAAUGCGCAAAAUUUCGAAAUAUUAUAAUCAAAGCUAGUUCGAGGUGUAUUUUGUGCAAUGUGUGUUUACGAAUGUUGUAGUUUACAAAAUAUAUUUGUGUUUGAGUUUCGUAUUUGCUUAUAAAAGCACGUGUACUUAAAAAUAUGUAUUGUGAUAUUUGCUGAUAUAAGUGAUAUUUUUGCUGAUAAUUUCACGUGGCAAGAAUUUUAAUUCUAGGAACAAUAUCAUGGUGCAACAUUUAAAUAAUGUAGCAAAAUUUUGUACGAGUAUGGCUUGUAUUAAUUGUACAUUUGUACAACUUGCUUACAAAUCAUCAUAAACCAAAGUCCAACAGUAGUGUGCUCUUUCCUGUAGAUUUCUCCCCCUUGCAUCCCAUUUCCUAUUAAGCCAUAGAGCAUGACAACUUAAUUUUUUCCUGUACCCCCAUUUCUUAUUAACCCAGAAAAAUUAACUCAGAAAAAUUCAUAAUUUUUUUCCAAACCAUUAACUAAUUUUGUGGGCAUGCCAAUCGGGUGGAGCAAAAGCCUUGCAGCUCAGAAUGCAGGGUCUGCAAUUGAUACCCAAAAAUUUGCAUUUUUCCUAGCUGAUAUCAGCCUGGCAGAAUGGGGAAGAAAAGAAAUAAACUUGGCUGAGAACGAAAUGCCUGGCCUCAUGAUGAUGCGAAAGAAGUAUGGACCAACCAAGCCCUUGAAAGGAGCGAAAAUUGCCGGCUGUCUACACAUGACUAUUCAAACUGCUGUACUCAUGGAAACCCUCAUUGAACUGGGAGCUGAGGUGAGGUACCAGUUAAUGUAAGAAGGCUUUGUCCUGUCGCUGUAAAAUUACAAAUUUACAGUUGAUUCAGGCCAAGCUAGUGUUUAACCCAACAAUUGUGAACAUGUAUUUGUUUGGGAUAAAUGGUUUGUUGCCCAUCUAUACCAACAAAGUUUCAACCAGCCUAGAAAUGACAUUAGAAACAAUUGACCCAUUGAGUGGCAGCACUCUCCCCCUGACGAGUAAACAGGGCUGCAAAUAAAUAUUUGACUUGACAGGACAUUUGUCCGAUCACUUUUAAUUUUGGUCGGACAUAACUUGAAUUUGGUCGGACAAAAACCAACAUCACUAAAUUUGGUCGGACAUAUAUAUACGUCACAAGAUAUACAUAUAAGUCACAAGACCAGUAUGUAUAGUUAAGUAAAAUUUAAUGCUAGAACGCCCCGUAAAUUUUAUUGCAAAAUGACAAUUGAGUGAAUUUGCAAUCGGAUUUUAUCACAGCAAAAAAAUGUAUAAUGUGACAAUUUUUUUUGUGAUCUGAUCAAUGUCCGAUCAAAAUUACUUUUGCUCGGACAUUUGCCAAAUUUAGUCGGACAUUGUCCGAUGUCCGACAGUAAUUUGCAGCCCUGAGUAAAAUUGUCUGCCGUUUCACAGAAUGAAACAAUAAAGUAGGGUGCAUCGUCCAGCAUUGCCACUUAAGGGGUUGAACAUUAAUUCUUCUGUUAAGCAAUCAACCCAUAGCCAAAAAAACAUUGAUCAACAUUUAUCUCCUCCGCAGGUUCAAUGGUCUUCCUGUAACAUUUUCUCCACUCAAGAUCAUGCUGCAGCUGCUAUGGCAAAGGCUGGCAUCCGAGUGUUUGCAUGGAAAGGUGAAACAGAUGAGGAAUAUAUGUGGUGUAUUGAACAGACCUUGGUGUUUCCUGAUGGCAAACCAUUGAACAUGAUCCUUGAUGAUGGUGGUGACCUGACCAAGCUCGUACAUGAUAGCCAUGCUGAUUAUCUUAAAGGUUAGCAGCAGCGGUCGUCAACUUUUUUGUGUGUCUGCGACCGCAAAAAAUUAUUUGAAAAUGUGCCUGCAAAAUGUCUCCAUGCAACAUGCGAAAUCACAACGUGACGAGCCAUCAGUCAUGAAUUACUAUAGAUGCAGAUUAGUAGGCUGGCUUAUGAGAUAUGGCUUUAUAUAUUUUUUGGGGGGGGGGAAAUCAAGAAUUUUAAGCUUAGAUUCACAAUUUUGUGCUUGCACUGCACCCAAUACUCAAGGGCCGAUAUUGGCUGAUAACCAAUAUUCUAUUUCACUUCGAUAUUCUAUUUCAUUUGCAAAUUAUAAUAUUGGACUUCGAAAACUCAUCAUAACAAGCCUUGAAAUAGCACCGGACAUCGGACAUUUGUCUGGCUGAAAAAGUCGAAAAUCGGUUUUGUAACUGGAACAUAAUGUCCGGAAAUUUUGUCUGGUGCAUCGAAAACGUUGCUGGGUAAAGUGUCUGUCAGCUGAAAAUAUUUAUUUCAAGGCUUGGAUGAAUUUACAUUGAUAUACAUUUGGGCUACCGGUACUGAGUUGUGUUACAUUUAAUAAUUGAAAUUCAUAACAUAUUAUAAAAUUUUAAAAAUUUAUGAACUUAUAUAUAGUACAAUGUACAAUAUUGGUAAUACCAGCAGUAAAAUUUAAAAUACCUAUAUUUAGGACAGAUAUUCUGAUAUCCAAUGAAGGUAUUUGCACAUCUCUGUUCCCAAGCAUGUAACCCAUAGGGAUAACCAGGAUGGGACUAAAAAAAUAUAUAACAUGACUUUGUGCCAGAUCUUAGCCAAACCAACUCGGAACUGAUUGUUAAUUUUGUAUGACAUUUUGUGUUUCCUACUGUAAAUGUUUCAGGAAUUGUUGGCAUUUCCGAAGAAACAACCACUGGUGUCCACAAUCUUUACAAAAUGUUCAAAGAUGGCUCCCUCAAAGUUCCUGCAAUCAAUGUGAACGAUUCUGUAACAAAGAGCAAGUUUGAUAAUCUCUAUGGUUGUCGAGAGUCAUUAGUUGAUGGUAUCAAACGUGCAACUGACAUCAUGUUGGCAGGCAAGACAUGUGUCGUGGCAGGGUACGGUGAUGUUGGCAAGGGAUCAGCUAGUUCACUCAGAGCAUUUGGUGCAAGGGUAUUGAUUACUGAGAUUGAUCCAAUCAAUGCUUUGCAAGCUGCUAUGGAAGGUACAUACAUACAUACGUAUAUACAUACACACAUACAUACAUACAUACAUAAUUUAUUCAAAGUAUUAAAUAUUAUCACUACAAAUAGUGUAAAUCUUCGCACCUUGAAAAGAAAGAAUUGUGAGGUUAACCCUAUAUUAAUAAUUUCCUGAUAAAAGAAAUGUCUUUGUUUGCACAGACAUUUUGUUAUUUUUCUGACACAAAGCAGUGACACAUCGGGAACCGCGAAACUAGUUCUUUUGUGCAUGUCCGGUGCCGACUUUCGGUUGCUAAAAAAAAACACCAUACCGACUGAAUCUUUUGGUUAACUGCACGUCUCUAAUGUUAUUCAAAGGUCUCCACUUAAUACUCACCUAGGUAUGAUAAUUAUACAUAGGUUAUGAAGUGACAACCAUGGAAGAAGCAGCUCCCAAAUCGCAUAUUUUUGUCUCUGCUACUGGAUGUCGUGACAUCAUCACAGAGAAACAUUUCACGCAAAUGAGAGAGGAUGCUAUUGUUUGUAAUAUUGGACAUUUUGAUAUUGAAAUUGAUGUGGCUUGGCUUAACAAUAAUUGCAAGAAAGAUACCAUCAAACCACAGGUGAAAUAUGAUCUUUUCAGUUCUUAUUCUAGCUGGUGUAUGGUAUAUCCAUUAGUUGCAUGUGCAUGUAUGAACAGGACUGCUGAAGGUUGGGGGGGGGGGGCAAAACGUUCCUAAGCAGCAGUCGGAUAUCAUGAUAACAUUUUCCUGAAUAAACUUGUCAUCUCUUGCAGGUUUAUGAUACAUGAUAUCAUUAUGUAUGUUUUUGUAGGUUGAUAGAUACGAACUACCCAAUGGUCGUCACAUUAUAUUACUUGCUGAAGGUCGUUUGGUUAACCUUGGCUGUGCUAUGGGUCAUCCUAGUUUUGUGAUGAGUAACUCGUUCACAAAUCAAGUUCUUGCUCAAAUUGAUCUCUGGACCAAUCCUAAGAAAUAUGCCAUUGGCGUUCAUGUCCUGCCCAAGAAGGUUUGUAUUCAAGUAACAAAAUGUACAUGCAGACAAACAAACAAACAAAAAGUUAACAAACAAACACUAAUCCCAGUCCUAAUCCCAGUCCUCUAGGUGUUUUUCUUUAUCUCCAAAUCCAUAAUGUCAUUGAUUGACCAGCUCUCCUACCUCUUUUAUCCAAGUCCAUACCAUCUCAGAUUGCUUCCCUCACCUUCUCUGCAAUGUCUACCGCCAUACAUCCUCUGAUCUCUUCAUUCCAUGUCUUCUCUGCAGUGUCUACCACCAUACAUCUUCUGAUCUCCUUCCUCUCUUGUUAUGUGUCUAUACCAUCUCAGCCAUGUUUAUCUUUGCAAUGUCUACCACCCGACAUCUUACUUCUUCAUUCUAUAAAUUAUCACUGACCAGUUCUUCUUCAUCUCUUGUUAUAGCCUGCGUGCAGGCCCAAGGGAACUUGAUAGUGGGCCUGCAACCAUCACCCCAUGUUUUCGAUUUUCGCCGGCCGAACCGCCGGCUAAAUUCCCAUUGGCUAGCUGAGGCGAUCGGUAAUUAAUUAACCUAGCCCAUUGUGCAGGCACAAGGGAACAGUGAUUCAUCACAAAGGCAUAGACAAAGGCUCUCGAUAAGCUUAAAAUUUGAAAAUUGAUCACUUUUUUCGAUUACAAAUGGAACAAGAACAGACUGUUUAUUGUUUACUUGAAGGAAGACAUGUUUUUGCCGUUAUGCCAAUGGGGAUUGCUUGUCGUGAGUUGUUGGAAUAGCAACAUUACGACUGGGGUAAACUAUAGUAACCUUUACUUGAGUUUUAUUAAUUUCAAACAGACUUCAGUUGAUACGUUAUGUGUUCUCACUUCCUCAAGAAAAUUAUCUUUUGGUUGAUGUUGAGAUGUAGUUGCAUGUAAGAACUGUAAGCCUAUUCGAAACACUUCGCGAUUUACAAGGCUUCGCAGAGAGAGCGAAACAGAAGGCGGUAUUAAAUUGCCGUUUGAAACGAAACGAUCUGGACUCGGAACGCUCUCUUCUUUUGUAGAGUUCUUUACCAAAUGAAAUAAAUUUCGUACUUUCCGCCGCCAACAAGAAUUGCACACACGAUCUGAUAAGUGAGACAAUUUAUUUAUAACAAUGCCAAUGGCGACAGCGAAGCACACAUAAUAUAAAUCCUAAUGUGGUCGCCCGACUUCCCUCAUGAUUUGAAGUUUGAGACUGGUUUUCUGUUGAAAUUCGUCCUAAUUUGCCUGUUCCGAUUUUAGUUGAAAAUGAGCACUUGCAAAUUUGGCAAUUACUGACUGCGUUGCUUGCUUUUUGGAGUUAAAACGCAGCCAUUUACACAUUGUUUAUUAGUGUUCUGAAUAAGCAGAGAAAACCCCGCAACAUUUUAAUGCGAGUUUGUUUGUUAAUAUUUGGGUGCUGUCAUUGGUUCUUUUUUGACAAUUGACGCGCGAAUGGGGCGUGUUAUGAAAAGGGGCGUAUUUCAAAAUACCGGGCGAUGGUUGCAGGCCCACUAUCAAGUUCCCUUGGGCCUGCACGCAGGCUACUCUUGUUAUUACUUGUCCAUACCAUCUCAGCCUUGCUUCCCUCACCUUCUCUGCAAUGUCUACCACCAUACAUCUUCUGAUCUCUUCAUUCCAUGAUAUUUCUUGUUAUGCGUCUAUACCAAUGGUUCUCAGCCAUAUGUCAUGCCGCCCCACAUCUUACCUCUUCAUUCUAUAAUAUCGCUGACCAGCUCUUCUCAUAUUACUUGUCCACACCAUCUCAACCUUGCUUCCCUCACCUUCUCUGCAAUAUCUACCACCCCACAUCUUCUGAUCACUUCAUUCCAUAAUAUCUCUGACCAGCUCUUCUUCAUCUUGUCUUACCUUGCUUCUCUCGCCUUAUCUUUUAUCUGCAAUAUUUACUACCCCACAUCUUCUGAUCUCUUCAUUUCUCAUCUUGACUUUGUGGAUUUUGUAUUUCAGUUUUCUUGGCACUUUCCUAUCACAGAAGAUUCUUAAUAUUUGUUAUUUCAAUGCUUUUCACAAAACCAAACAAUCUUUUUGACUCAACCUUUUUAUUCCAGCUUGAUGAGGAGGUUGCCUUGCAUCAUUUGGGGCAGAUUGAUGUGAAACUCACAAAACUGACAGAAACACAGAGCAAAUAUCUUUGCAUGCCUCCCGAAGGACCAUACAAGCCAGACCAUUACCGUUACUGAACAAUCUACUGCUCUGGGUAAAUAACACCGCAUCAAUGUACGGUCAGAUACUUAGUUUAUUAUGCUAUAGUUAAAAUUUAGUUUAUAUCAAGUAUAGUAACCCAUUCAAGUUUUUAUUAAAUCAGCAUAUACGAAAUGAUAGCUUGAAUCCUGAGUUCACAAGAUGCUAAUAUUCGAAGUGAACAAGCUUUCAUUGGUAGGGAUGUAACUACACACGUAAAAAGCACAAUUGCAACAAACCUGCAACAGUCUGGUAGCAAUGCUGUUCCAACAACAGGAUGUGUUCACACUGCUUGUUCCCAGCUUGCAUGACAAGUUGUCAACAGCUUGUUGACAACUUGCUACAAAGUUGUUGAGCUCAACAGACUUGUUACAAGUUGUUCCAACAACUUGUUAUCGUCUUGUCAUUCGAUCAACAAUUUGUCAACAAGUUGUGAGCGACAACCUUGUUGCGAAUACAUCUUGUUGACAAGUUGUGAGAAUUUUACGUGUGUACCUGCAAAAUAUAAGGAGAAUUUUGACGUUUCGAGCGAAGGCCCUUCGUCUGGAAUGACGAAGUGUGUUCCAUCUUCGAAGUGUGUUUCAUCUUGUAUUUUGCGAAAUUGUCUUCUAGUAAAUAUAGUGUAAAGAGCUUUUCCUUGAUUUGUAUCUUACACUAGAAGAUUUUAGCUUGCUGCCAACAGCCUUUUGCGAUAUAUUCGUCAACCUUGCUCUUGGAUAAGCUAGGAAGGGUUUCUGCGGAAACAUUUGAUAAUUCUGAUGUUUCUUGGAAUAUUUCCUUGUUUAACUCUCUUCGAAAUUUUAGAGAGAUUGCAGGCCCUAAAAUAUCGGUCGGUCACGGACAUUGUCCGACCCAUUCGUGAAAUUGUCCGACGUUGAUCAAAAUGUACCCUAGUCCAGGACUAGACCUCGUACGUUAAAUGGAUAAUCAAAGUGAUGUACGCGUAAAAGGUGAACCGGAAAUGUUGUUUUAAUGUAAUGGAGCGCGGAGCGGCGAGUGAAACGAUGAAGUGCGUGAAAUCGGGUUUAAGUUAUCGAUGUCUUACUGCUGCUAUUGGCAAGCAAGAUCAUUUUGACUUGGAAAUAAGUAUGAAUGACACAAAUUUUUUGAUAUCUUCACAAAAUUUACCGUUCCGAAUUAAUACAUUGUGCUGAUAUUAGCUUGUGUCAUUCAGACUUAUUUCCGAGUCAAACUGGACUGAAGGUCAUCGGACAUCAUCAUACAGUACAUAUACAGUAUGCCCGAACGAAAUUCAAAGUCAUCGGACAUUUUGUCAGACAACCCUGUAAAAGAUAUUUUAAGGCCUGCAUUGAGUUCGCAAAAUUCACUGAAAGAAAAUGGCGUUCGACAGUCGUGGAAUUUUUUAAAUUUUUUUGAGAAGAUGGAUAAAAUGUACAGUAUUUCGGAAAUUGAACUAACGUUUGUGAAGAAAAUACUGGACAAUUUCUCUACCAUUUUUUUUUUUUUUUUUUUAUAUAAACAUAUUUAUUUAGACACAUUUUCUCCAAGAGCUCAUAGCUCAUCGUGGGAGAUUAUGUGUAAACAUUUACAAUAUUUUUGAAAUUUAGUAAAGUAAGAAAGAGAUAAAUAGAUAUAGAAUGAAAUAGAAAGAAAAGAAAAGCAUCGUCAAUUAAUCUUUAAUCUUUAAGAGAAUCGAUUAGAAUUGAGUAUAAAUAAUUGAACAUUUCUAAAUAAUAUUACGUUUUCGUCAUAGCUAAGUAAGUCAGAACCAUGCAGAAAUAUUUGAACUUUCUGUUUGUCUGAAAACCUGAACCAUGCGUCAUUGAACAACCUUGCAGUUGAGGCAAAGAGAAGAGCGCGCUGAACGGCGUAUUGAGUACAAUAAAGGGAAAAAUGAGUAAUGGUUUGUGAUUUUCCCCAACAGUAGUCACAAAAAGGAGAAGGUUUGCAAUCAAUUUUAUAUAGAUAAAAGUUGAGCUGGCAGUGCCCUAAACGCAACCUUGUGUGAAGUAUGGAACUCUGACGGUUAAGAGAAAUAUUAAACAAUUUAUUGGAGGGGUAAGGUGUCAGUUCCAAAUUGCUAUUUAGGCUGUUUGUCUGCCAGUUUUAGGACCUUUUGUAGUUAUCAGUGGCAGAUAAAGGCAAAUGUCUGUAGUUGAUAACAAAUGGACACGUGAAUUCUAGUGAAUAAAUUAUAUUAUACAACUACACAACGGUAUUUGCGCAUGCGCAUUAAGUUACAAUGUAAGAUCUACAUCGUUCUAAGAAAUAUGUUUAUUAUACUAAGUUUCUAGAAAUCAAUUCUGCAAUGAUAAUUCUUCCGGGAGUGUUACAGUUAUCUCGUCUGUGUUCACCGUCUCUUUAUCCUCCUAAAAACAUAAAAAAUUAUUAAAAUGAAGUAUAACAUAUUUAGCAGACAUAUAUCUAUUAAAAAUACCUACUAUUUAUCUUUAAAACAUGUUUUGGUAUUUUUAUAACCGUGAAAUAAAAAUAGAAACUAAACUAAAAUAAAUAUGCUGGACAGCUCUAUCAGUUCUAAAUCUUCCUAGAGAUUUAGAACUGACAUUUUGUAUUACUGGACUAGUAAGGAAAAUCGCUUACUGUAAACUAAAGUUUACUUUAUGUACUUGGAUAGAACUGUCAGUAGAAAACUUCAAAAUGAUAAAGUGUUCAAGAUUUGAAAUAUUGGGCUCUCACAACAACGCAUUUGUUGACUUCCAUCAUUUUGGGUGGCAAAUUAAAAAUAACUUUGAAACAAAUGAUAGCGAUAUUAAUUUUAUUUUAUUACAACGACGUUUCGAUGCCUCUUGCGUCAAAGAAGGACUGUAGCAGUGAUUGUGGCCGUUGCUUUUGUUUGAUCACUUUGAAGAGCUAUAAUGUUCCGCAGCUGUGUUCACACGUAAAAACGCACAAGUUGUUGCAGGUCUGCAAACAAGUUGUUACAAAUCUGUUCACAAGCUGUCAACAAGUUGUCUUCGCAGUGCUUGUUCCCAGUUGGAACAAGUUUGGAACAAGCUGUUAACAACUUGCAACAAGCUUGAUGGCAUUAUCAGACUUGUUACAAGGUUGUUCUAACAAGUCUGAUACAGUCAUGGUACAACAAGAAUAUUACAAGGUUGACGACACAAAGUUGUAACAAUAUUGUUAUUUCAUGACUGUAUCGGACUUGUUGGAACAACCUUGCAACAAGUCUGAUAAUGUCAUCAAACUUGUUACAAGUUGUUAACUGCUUGUUCCAAAGUUGUUGACAACUUGGGACAAGCAGUGCGAACAUAACUUGUUAACGGCUUGUUAGCAAGAUGUGAGAUUUUUACCCGUGUGUAGUCGGUUGAAUAAAAGAUUUUUGGUGGACUAUUUUUGAUGAUAUGUUAUACUGCAAGAUCUAAAUAAGUUUAUCUACCAGUAUCUCUCUUUUUCCAGUGCACCACGCUGAUCCAGGACGUGGACGACAUCCUCGCUUUAUUUCAUCUUUAAACUUAGCAAAACUACCUAUCCUUAACGGGUUGAAAACCUAAAAAAUAAUUAUUCCUUUAUGAUUUACAUAGUUCUAUCUAAUGUUUGCAAGCACAUGUUUCUUAAAGUGUACCUAACCCCAAAUAUGUUUUUUUUGUAUAUGUAAUAUUUGGGUCAUUCGAAGAAUAAAUGCAAUAUAUCUUUAUAAUUCGUUCUGCACCAGGCUGGUUAGUUGACCUUGUAAUACGUGAACUACAGCCC